AUGGAGGAGAUCCAUUAUCCGCACCAUGGCGGCACGAUCACGAUAGAACGCGACUAUUCCGGCACCAUCGAGGCCAUCGAGCUAGCUGUAUCUUGGUAUAGCUUAUCCGCACCGCUUGCCUCUGCAACGAAGUCCACAUCUUCCAUUGGAGGAGCACGCAUGCCCGAUGUCUGGCCGAGACUCGGCCGGCAGUACGACGCACACGUUAUGUCGUGCAACGUCCCCGGCCCCGAGGAGCAGUCACAGCAGGAACCGCCCCCUGCAUCAUCAUCACUAUGUGUGGUGUGUGGUGUACACCCCAGCUUUGCGUGGAUCUCGAUUCUCGACACAAACGCUAGAGAAUCAUCUGAUGUCUUGUAA